AUGUCUGAACGAGGCUCGUUCCGCGGAGGUGGUGAUCGUGGUCGGGGGGCCAACGAGGCGGCCGGCCAGCAGAAAAGUGGCGGUGGUGGCGGUGCACAGGAGAAGCCCAAGAAGGAGAACAUCUUGGAUCUGAACAAGUACAUGGACAAGGAGGUCCAAGUGAAGUUCAAUGGUGGUCGUGAGGUUACCGGAAUCCUCAAGGGAUACGACCAGCUGAUGAACCUGGUCCUGGACGAUGUCAAGGAGACCAUGCGUGAUGACGAGGGCAACAAGACCACCCGGUCAAUGGGCCUGAUCGUCGCCCGAGGCACCCUGAUUGUUCUGAUCUCCCCCGCAGACGGCAGCGAGGAGAUCCCCAACCCCUUCUUGCAAGCAGAGGAGUAA